UAGCAUAUCUGUCAAUGGCUGCUAAGAGAAUUUGUAUUCAUCAACAAUGUGAGGUUAAAUUAUUUCAAGUCUUAUUCUUUCUGUCUAUCUGAGUGUCUAAGAUGGGCAGAAUAUCUAUAGACUAAAUCCUAUCCAUGAAAAUCAUAAUAGAUGCCUCCUGAUUCCAGGAAAAAUGGUGAUAAAGGUGUGUCGUAUGACCAGGCUAUUCAGUUUACGUCAAAAGGAACAUUUGAACCGAUUACUUCUUCAUGUGUUGAAGAGUCAACAAUGGGAAAAUUUGGUCACUUACCACAGACAAUGAAACUGUUAGGUAUGUGUGAAAAUUUAAGUGUUCAGACGCUAUCUGAUAUGCGUCAAGGAGAAGAUAGUGAUGAGCAAAAUGAAGUUACUUUCAGUUUAUUUGACAGAGGUACAUACCAAGAUGUAGAUGUUCUGAAAAACAGAGUGAAACAAAUGAAUGGACCUGACCGAGAUAAUAAUAUGCUCAAUAAUAAUGAACCUUCAGGAUCUAGACGACUUUUGGAUAUAUCCUCGGAUAUAGAAACCGAUAUAUCAGAAGUAGAUUUGUGCAAUGAUGAUUACUGUGAUAUGACCGAGAAAAACAGUAACAAAGUCUCCCUCGGAUUUGUUCCAAUAGUUAAUGAACAAGAAUCUAUAAUGGGAAGAGGUAGAAGUGUGUCUGAUUCAGUGCUUCUUAAUCAUAAUCGUAGAAUAAAUACAGUUGUUGAAAAUGAUAAAUCUCAUGCAAGAAUUAAGGCAGGCUUAUUAAUGUCACCUAUAGCUUUGACACAAGAUUUGCCAGUUAUUAUUGGUAAUGAUCAAAACCGAUUAUCAUACGUGAUGGAGAAUAUGUCGUUAGUGUAUUUACCAACCACCAAACAGUUAGUUACUGGUCAAAUAACAUCACAAUCGCAACAAGACUCUGAGAUUAGUCAUAAUGAGACAAAUCUAAAUGGGGCAGAAAUUGACAAACAAUUGUCUGUCGAAUCACACGCAUCAAACAAUGGUUCGGAAGAGAUGUCUUCGGAACUGGCAUCUCCAUUAUCUAACCCCAGUGUAUCAGAAGCAUAUCCCUAUCAUGUUGGACCUGAUUUUAUGUCAGGGAAAGACUUAGAUCAAGUAACUCUAAAUAGUGUAGAGAGUUUGAUACCUCAUGGUAACUCCAGUGAUCAUAUGGGUAGAACUUACAAUGACACAUCAAGUUUAUCAAGUGUCAGUACAGGAACAGACUUCUCUAUAUCUGCUUCAGUUGGGGAUGAUAACUCUGAAUUUAAAACAUUUUCUCUGGAGACUGAUGAAGCAGGCUUUAUGGAUGUUAAUUUACAUUCUCGUAACUCAUAUCAGCGAUCUCAUCAUAAUAUCCCCCUUGAUACUGAUAGUUGUAUUGAUGAUAAAGGUGCCAAAUCAAAGAAAAAAGGAUUCACUAAUUUCCUUUCCAGAAAUAUAUUCUCAAGAAAAAAUAAAGAUGCUACAGAUUUAAGUCCACCAGGAUGGAAAUUAUUUGGUCAAGUUCCUCCAAAGCCAAGUACAGAAAAAGAACCAUCACAGAUAUCACUAGAAUAUCAUGCCAAGCUAAGGGCCAAUCAAAUGGCGCCAUCCCGCCUAAAGAAACAGGAUAUGGAAGUGUCCUCAACUACAGCACUUAUUUUAGAAAACAGACCCAUGAAUUUACCAUCGAAAGAUCCUGAAGAAGCUGAGAAACAUCGACAACAAUAUGAACAAAUGGUAGAAUGUGCUCGUAAAAAAGAACAACGUGAAUAUAAACAGCGUAAAAAACAGUUACAAAAUCAGCUACGUCAAGAAGAUCAGUUGGCCAAAUCAAGUAGGAUUUGGAAUACAGAAGUGUUACCUAACUGGGACACCAUGCGUAGCAGUAAAAAAGCUCGAGAUUUAUGGUGGUAUGGUUUACCACCUAGUGUUCGAGGUAAAGUCUGGAAAUUAGCUCUAGGGAAUGAAUUAAACGUCACGGCAGAAUUAUAUGAGAUAUGUAUUGGAAGAGCAGAAGAAAGAAUUAAACUCAUGCAAGAUUCUGAGUCUAUGUCUAGUUAUGAUCCUUCUGCAGAAACACCGUCCAACAAAGAAGAUAGUGUUAAAGUUAUUCGAUUAGAUGUAUCUCGAACAUUCCCACAGUUAUGUAUAUUCCAGAAGGGUGGUCCAUAUCAUGAUUUACUACAUAGUUUAUUAGGAGCUUAUGCUACUUAUAGACCAGAUGUAGGUUAUGUACAGGGUAUGUCAUUUAUAGCUGGUAUAUUAUUAUUAAAUCUAGAGGCAGCUGAUGCUUUUAUUUGUUUUGCUAAUUUGUUGAACAGACCAUGUCAGGUGACUUUCUUUAGAAUGGAUGAAAACAUGAUGAAGGCCUAUUACAACACAUUUGAAGAAUUUUUUAAAGAGAACCUGCCUGUAUUAUAUGAAUAUUUUCUGAAACAAAAUAUGACCCCGAACUUGUAUCUCAUUGAUUGGAUAUUUUUAAUGUACAGCAAAUCACUACCAUUAGAUGUUGUAUGUAGAGUGUGGGAUGUAAUCUGGAGAGAUGGAGAAGAAUUUAUAUUUAGAACAGCUUUAGGUAUUUUAAAAACGUAUGAGAAAACUCUGUUAGGUAUGGAUUUUAUACACAUAGCCCAGUUUUUAACCAAAUUACCCGAAGAUAUAUCAGGAGAUGAGUUGUUCCGUAAUAUAGAACCUAUAAAAAUGAAUAUAGACAAGAAAAAGUUUGUGAAUAUUCUUGCAACACACAAAGGCGUGGAUUCAUGAUGGAAGUGAGAUAUAGGACAAUAGGUUCACAAUAAUCCAUAGUGAUCAUUUGAUUCACACACAGAAUGCUGAGAUUGCUCGAUGGCGUCAAAUUAGAAUAAAGAAUGAUUUGAGUUUGUUCACAGAGUAGUCACAGAAUACCUCACACUGAAUUACAACAGAACAAGUUUUAAUAUAACUAGUGAUAUGUUCAUUAACAUUGUUAUUUACGAUACAAUCACUUAGAAAAAGCCAUUCAGUGGUGAUAUUUACAAAUAAUGGAGAUAACAGUAGACCAAAAUUACAAAAAAUGGCAAAAUUAGUUAAUUUUUUGUACACUUAAAAAAAUGAAUGGUUUGUGUCAUAAUCGGAUAAGUCAUAGUUUGUGAUAGAUAAUUAGCUGUGAUGUGACAUUGAUAUUUUACAUAUUGUGGUUAAUAAGUUAUCAAGUGUAAAUGCUAGCCAGUGAGAUUACUUUAUAACGAUCUUUGUAAAUAUGUAUGUUAAUAUUUAAGAGAUUAUUCUGUUGAACUUCAAAACAAAUCAACAAAUGUUAAAUACAAUGACUAGUUAUACAGCGCUUGGUUCCCAGAAGAAAAAUUAAACUGGUCUUUGGUCUGUUGGUUAAAAAAACUGAAUAUCUGAGACAAGCAUUUGAAUAUAAGCUUUAAUAUUUUGUCAAAGAGUUUUACAAUUUUUUAAGGCACUCCUGGAAAACAUUGCAUAACUUCUAGGAAACAAUAUUUGCUUGUGUUAAGUUUCAGUGUUCAAAGUACAGCAUACCUUACUCAAUAUUCGUUUAGCUACAUCAUGGAUUGUUUUUCUUGCAAAAUACAUAUAUGCCUUUAAUUCUUUACUUGGUCAAGUUUUCAUUGCUCAACAUCUUUUUAAACUAAAACAUUCCAUGCUAAUAUUUCUCCAUUUAAUCAAAUAAUUACACAUUUUGUGCAAUUUAAAAAAACAAUUAGCCAUCUAUUUCCUUUCUCACCCAUAUCAAAUUAGUGCUCUAUUUUCUAUUUAAUUUUGUAUGCAUAAUCACAAAAGUUAUGUGAAUUGAUGAUGUUAUUGGCUCCAUAAAGAAGUUUAUAUUUUAAUAUUAUAUGCACUUGUACAUGGUUCACUUAAUAAUUGUUUUAAUUAUGCAUCAUGUGUGUUUAUUGAUAUAUAUGUACAGUUUCUAAUUUUAUUGGAUAAAUUGAUAAGAGAAGAAAUUUGUACCGAUUAGGUAGAAGAUGAAAACAUAAAUAAUUAAAUAUGAUAAAUUAUUUGAUUUCUUAAGAAUUUCUAGAACACAAAAUUAAUCAAAUUUUAUAGAAAAUUUAAGUAUUUAAAUUGAUUAUAUGUACCAGUGACCAGUGUAGAUUAUGUGAUUAUUGUACAAUUAUUGUGCUAAAUCACAACCAAAAAUAAGUAACCAGUACCAGUAAUAGUAUUAUGAUGCAACUAAUGAACUGUUAAACCUACUACAGCACUAAAUUUUGUAUGUUAUUUUUAUAAACAAACAGUAAAACUUGUAUUACUCUGAACAUUUUAUCACUCUCAUAUAGUGCCAAAAUUAUUGUUUUUUCAAAAAUGUACAGUUAGGAUUAAAGAGAUCAGAUAAACUAUUGUCAAUCAGAAAAAAUAAGUUUAAGUGGAAAAUUUUUUAGCUAACUCUUACCAUUUUGUUAAUCAUUUAAAAACUACAAUAAAGAUAAGUAACAGUGUGUAGGAAACUACUAAAUGGAUUGAUUUUAGCCAACAGAAAAAUUAGAAGAAAAAAUACUACUUGUAAUAUGAUGUAAAUAUAUUCUAUAUUUGUAUAUAAAGAUAGACUCAGUAUAUAUUUUUUGGCAGAAUUGUAAAUAGUUGCAGUUUUAUAUUAAGCUCAUUUUAAUAUUUUUCCUAUCUUAAGAUGUUGUGAUCUGUUUGGUAUUAGAAAUUUUUAACUAGUUAUAGAUAGACCUAUUGAGUUAAUUUGAAUAUCCAUUGGAAUUUCUGCUCGCAACAUUUUUCUGUAAAUCUUGUUUACUUUGUCAUUCACUCUUUUAAUAAAUUAUUAACCUUAUACCUUUAAUUGCUCAGAAGUCACAAAUUAUUUGAUUUCAAGGUUCAAAGUUCAAGGUAUAAAAUUUAGGUAAUAUCAAAUAAAAACAAUGCAAUUCUGUUUAGAGUUAUUUUUAUGUAUAUAAAGCAUAAUGUAAAUUAAAAUAUUUAUGAUUACUGUAAUAAAUGAUAUGCAACUGA